CCUGCCGGCCUAUUCCGCCCGGGGCAAGAGGGGAGAGUCACGGCCACGCUCCUACGGGAUACACGCGCUCCGGAUCGAGAAGGUUCUCCAUUCGUCUACCAUGCGGUGGGCCUGGAGUCUCCCCUGGUCUGUGCUCUGGCUAUUGGCUACUCGGCUCCCCUCGACUCUCUGCCUCUGGGAUGUGUCGAGUGAUCAGGAAAUUUCUGUUCUUGAACGACUUGCUGAUGAUCUUUUCUCGCCCUACACUGAUGAUUAUGAGAAAGAUAACUUACUCCACUACAACACCUCAUACCGGCUUCAUAGUAAUGGACACCCACUGCCCUCGUCUCACGGCGAGGCUCUUGAUACCCUCAUAGUUCUCCUUAACCAGAAGGCCUCCAAGAGACAGGCUGAUAGCUCUGUUCCUGUUGAAAGCCUCCCUUAUCCUUUCUGCCCUAAAUGCUACCCUGGUCAGCCCUGCCCCCCUAACUGCCCACCAACCCCUUGUCCAACAUGUUACCCUGGAACUAUGUGUCCCAUUGGGUGUCCAGCCACACCAUGUCCUCCAUGCUACCCUGGGACUUCUUGUCCAAGGGGAUGCCCUGUUACACCCUGUCCUGAAUGCUAUCCGGGAUCCCCCUGUCCCGUUGGCUGUCCUGUUAAUGCAUGUCCACUUUGCUAUCCUGGAAGUCCUUGUCCUCCAGGAUGCCCGGAGAUAUCUUGUCCUUCAUGCUACCCAGGUGAGAGAUGUCCUCUGGGUUGUCCAGCUACACCUUGUCCACAGUGUUUUCCUGGCUCCCCCUGUCCUGUAGGCUGUCCAUUGACUGACUGUCCUACCUGCUACCCAGGAUCCCCUUGUCCUCCAGGCUGUCCAGUCACAUCCUGUCCUUUGUGUUACCCAGGAGUGCCCUGUCCUGCUGGAUGUCCUGUCCUCACUUGCCCCGAAUGUUAUCCAGGAUCGCCAUGUCCUGCAGCAUGUCCACCAACUCCCUGUCCUCCAUGUUAUCCUGGAGAGAAAUGCCCAAGAGGCUGCCCAAGUACCCCGUGUCCUGAUUGUGUUCGUGGUCAGCCCUGUCCCCCUGGUUGCCCCCCCGGCCCCUGUCCACCUUGCUAUCCUGGAACAUCUUGUCCUGUAGACUGUCCUGUGACUCCCUGUCCUACCUGUUACCCUGGGGACCUGUGUCCUAUUGGAUGCCCUCCAACACCAUGUCCAGUCUGCUAUGGUGACACAAAAUGUCCUGCAGGAUGUCCAACUUACCCUUGUCCUGAUUGCUAUCCUGGCAGUGCCUGUCCUACUGGCUGUCCUCCCACUCCCUGCCCAGUUUGCUUUGCAGCUGGCCCUUGUCCACCAGGUUGCCCAAGAAGUCCAUGUCCUGACUGCUACCCCGGAAAUCCUUCCGGCCCCCUCUCCUGUUACCCUGGGGACAAGUGCCCAGGCCAAUGCCCCAUCAUUCCUUGUCCUGACUGCUACCCAGGACAGAGCUGUCCGGAAAAGUGCCCUGCAACACCAUGUCCUGACUGUUACCCAGGUGAUGUAUGUCCUCUAGGGUGUCCCUAUACACCAUGUCCUACUUGUUACCCAGGACAGAAUUGUCCAGUAGGAUGCCCCCCAACGCCCUGCCCUUUCUGCUACCCAAAUACCCCUUGCCCUGUAGGCUGCCCCAUCACCCCAUGCCCAGAAUGCUACCCAGGAGAGAGAUGCCCUCCUGGCUGUCCAGAAACACCCUGUCCGACCUGCUACCCUGGUAACCCUUGCCCAUUGGGAUGCCCAGUCACCAAGUGUCCUGAAUGUUACCCAGGUCAGGAAUGCCCACUGAACUGUCCUGUACUGCCAUGUCCUACUUGCUUCCCAGGAGAACCAUGUCCAGGGAACUGUCCUCCAACACAGUGCCCACCUUGCUAUCCAGGCUUCAGGUGUCCUCCAGGAUGUCCUGAAACCCCUUGUCCCUCUUGCUAUCCAGGGCAGCCAUGUCCCAUAGGAUGUCCUCCCACACCUUGCUCAAUCUGCCUGCCUGGCAAGCCAUGCCCCCCUGGGUGCCCUGUGUCCCCUUGCCCCCCAUGUUAUCCAGGUGAAAAGUGUCCUGAAGAAUGUCCUGAUUCUCCCUUCCCUGGAGAACCAUGCCCCCCAGGAUGCAGUCAGAGACCUUGUCCUACUUGCUAUCCAGGGGUUCCAUGCCCUGCUGGCUGUCCCCUUACACCGUGUCCUCCUUGCCUUCCUGGCCAGCCGUGCCCGCUGGGAUGUGGUUCCACCCCAUCUUGCUACAACUGUCCCUCUGGCCCCCCUGGGCCACCGGGAGGCAUUGGGAGGCAAAUUCCGGGGCCUCCAGGACCCAGGGGGCCGCCGGGGCAGGGCUACACAGGCCCACCUGGGCCCCCAGGACUUCCAGGAACAUGUAGCACCCCAAAAGCUCCAUGCAUGAAUUGCUGCCCAACAGAGGUUGACCUUCAGAAAAUUAUUCAGAUUUCCAAGAAGAAAAAGAAACAAGUGUCAUGUGAUUUCGACGUAGAUGAACUUGAGGCAAAACUGGUGUCUUUGAGACAAGAGCUCGAUCGACUUCAGGCGCUUGAGGCCAAAGUAAAGAGUCAGAGCAGCCUUAUCAAACAACUUGGGAACAAUUUCAGAGCACGUGACUUCAGCGGCGCCAAGGGGCAAAAGGGCGCCAAGGGUUUCCUAGGGCGCAGGGGCGAGGCAGGCGCGGCCGGAAUUCGCGGCUCCUGCACCGAGGUUUCCAACGAUCCCGCCAAGGGGCCCUUAGGUCCUCCUGGCCACAAGGGGGUGAAGGGCGAGCCAGGAAAGCAAGGGGUGAGGAGAUCUGAUCGUGGCGAGAGAGGUCAAUCCGGCGAGGAUGUCAAAGGUCGUCGAGGUGACCAAGGUUACAAAGGUCAAAAGGGCGAACGAGGACUUUCGUCCAGCUUCGGUUUAGGAUCUGAAGUCGAAGUGAGGAAAUCCGCGUCGCAGAAGAGGACGCUGGCUACGUAAGAAAACGCCAUGGCGGAUGAUAAAGCGCACUGCAGCAAACGAACGAACCAAGCAAGUUACCCCUAAAAAAGGAGAGUGUAACCAGGAAACCUUUUAUAGAAAACGAACAAAUAAUAGGGUAAACAAUUAUAGAAUCCACAGGACACAUUUGAGGUUCUCAGCUUCUAUAAUUGUAACUCAUAGAGGCAAUGGCUGAAAGAAGACAGAUACAUAUUCGCUCCGUAAAACCUAUCCUUACCUACAUUAGAUAUCAUUUAUGUUGAUUCCUAUCCGUGCAAUGCUGUAAAAUAAUGUUUUGGAUAUAUGACUGUGAUGGGUUAGGUCUUGAACGGAGUA